AUGUCAGCCACCGCCGUGUCCUCCUCUUCCCCCAACAGGCCCCUUCAGCAGACGCCAUCUUUGGUCUUUGGGCCGAAGAAUCCCCCGCUUCUUGAAAAGACGCUUGGGUCUGUUAUCCAGGACCAAGCCAAGGCGUAUGGUGAUCGCACAGCCGUCGUUGUGCCCUGGCAGUCUACCCGCCUGACGUACAAGGACCUCGCAGACCGGAGCAAGAUCACUGCUAAAGGCUUGCUUGAACUUGGUUUGAAGCGUGGGGAUUGCGUGGGAAUCAUGGCAGGAAACUGCUAUCAAUACAUCGAGCUGUUCCUCGGGGCGGCGCGUAUCGGCUGCCCGUUCGUUGUUCUGCACAACACCUACUCUCCGGAUGAGCUGAGUAGUGCUGUCUUGCACAGCGACUGCAAGGCGGUUUUCAUGGCUUCUCAGAUCGGAUCAAACUCGCUGUUGUCUCAUAUUCAAGCCCUGUCCGCUCUGCCGAAAGGGUCUAAGCUUGAGCACAUCGUGUGUCUCGACACCGCCAGAUUCCCAGGCCAAGGCAGUAUGUGCCAGACUUACAGCACCUUCCUCAACGGUGGUCAUUCGAUCUUCAUGAACGAUUCAGCUUUGAGACGUGCGGAGCGAAAGGUUCGCCGUACCGACACUCUCAAUCUUCAAUUCACUUCUGCCGCCUUCAGUUGCGGAAGCUCCAUCAUCUUUCCCUCCGACAGCUUCAAUGCCCAAAGAACUAUUGACGCCAUCAUCAACGAGAAGGCCACCGCCCUUCUCGGAGUCCCAACAAUGUUUAUUGCAGAGCUAGAGGCUCUGAAGAAGUCCGGUCAUCGUAUCAGUACCGUACGCACCGGUCUCGCAGCGGGGUCUCCGGUUCCACCUCCACUGAUGGAGAGUCUGCGCAAGGAAAUGCAGAUUGGCGGAAUGCUCAUUGCUUACGGGAUGACGGAGACCAGCCCAGUCACCUUCAUUACGGCUUUGGGUGAUACCGAUGACCGGAUGUUCAAGAGCCUAGGCAAGGUGCUCCCCCACACUAGUGCAAAGAUCGUGGACACAAACGGUAACAUUGUGCCACGAGGCACCCGCGGGGAAAUUUGCACCAGCGGCUUUGCUUUGCAGAAGGGAUACUGGAAGGACGAGGAGAGAACACAGGAGGUGAUGAGAAGAGAUGAAGAUGGAGUUACAUGGAUGCACACCGGUGACGAGGGUUUCAUUGACGAUGAAGGUUACGGCCACAUUACCGGCCGCAUCAAGGACUUGAUCAUUCGUGGCGGGGAGAACAUUUCACCCAUCGAGAUCGAAGCUCGCUUGCUAUCCCAUGCGGCCGUUGGAGAGUCUUGUGUAGUGGGUCUUGAUCACAAGAAGUACGGCGAAGUUGUGGCUUGCUUCCUGAAAUUAGCAUCGGACGCGACCAGGCCCUCUGAUGAGGAGAUUAGGACAUGGGUCACGCAGCGAUUGGGCCGACACAAGGCCCCUGAGUACAUCUUUUGGCUUGGAAGUCCCGAUGUUGGUAGCGAGCUGCCAAAGACCGGCAGCGGAAAGUAUCAGAAGCAUCUUGUCAGGGAGCUUGGAAAUGCAUUGGUGAAGCGGUCUAGAAUACAGGCAAAGUUGUAA